GCCAAGAGUGUCUUUGAGUAGGUUUACUGGGACAUGUGAGACUCUAUUAUCUCUACACAUUUAUAUAUACAUACAUACAAACAUACUUACAACAGCACCUGCAUAUACAAACAUUAAGUAAUAAAAAACAAUAUAAUAGUAUAGAAAGAGGAGUAUAAAGAAUAAGGAGCAGGACAUGGUGAGAAAGUCAUCAUCAUCAGCAGCAUCAAUGGAAGGUGGAGAUAUAGUAAUGAAACCUGCAUGGUUAGAAGGAUUGUUAUCUGAAACAUUCUUUGAAACAUGUGGGCUCCAUGAUACUAGUAGGAAGAAUGAGAAGAACAUCUUUUGCUUGGAUUGUUGUCAUAGCUUCUGCCCUCACUGCCUCCCUCUUCAUAAUUCUCAUCCUCUGCUUCAGGUGAGGAGGUAUGUUUACCAUGAUGUUAUUCGAUUGGAUGAGGUAGAAAAGAUCCUUGACUGCUCUAAUAUCCAGCCCUAUACAACAAACAAUGCCAAAGUGAUAUUCUUGAAUCAGAGGCCAUUUAGGUCAUCCAAGGACACUGCCAACACUUGUUUCACCUGCCAAAGAAUUCUCCAGGAGCCCUUCCAUUUCUGUUCUCUUUCAUGCAAGGUUGAUCAUGUGGUUGAUGAAGGCGAGGAUCUGUCCAGCAUCAUACUGGGGUUCAAGGAAUCUAACGAAUCUGAAUUUGCCCGUGCUCAAUUUGAAGGACUUCGAAUGGACAGUGACGAUGGUGGUGGUGUAAUCACCCCAGAUUCCAUCUUGGAGGCCCCUUCUCAUUUCCAUGCCUCAUCAUCAUGCUCUAGCCAUGACAUGGGAAGUUCUAGUAUUGUGCACCAGAUACCCAAAAAGAAGAAAGGCCGCGACCACAUCCCUGGCAUAAUGUGCUCCCCCGGAAACAGGAGAAAGGGAGCUCCUCACAGAUCUCCCCUCUCUUAAUCGAUAAAUUUCUGAAUAAGUAAUACUAUGUUAAUUUACUAGUUUGUAUCGAAGAAUGUAUGAUAUUGCAUAACUAGGAAGUUUUUAAAAAUUGUUGGAUUUGCUUAUCUUUUUCAAAGUGGUUAUGGUCAUUCUUAGUUUGAGUUUGGCCAGAGAGCAACUCCGUUUCUAGCCACAGGUGGCUGCUGGUAGGUUAUUGUAAUCAGAAUUAUGCUUCUAGCUCCACCAAUUUUGUACCCGGUGCUGUGGAAUUUGCUCAUAGCUAUAUAUAUAU